AAUUCUUCGUCCAGGCAGUGUGGCAACCACGCUCGCCUCACGCUGCGGCAUCAGAGCAAAUAAUAUCUUUCUCUCCCUCUCUCAUUUUUCCCCUUUUAUUUAAUGAUCACUGGCAUAACCAUUUCUCAUCACUUCCUGAAUUAUUUGAGAUGGCGGUCGAUAUAUUACAUACAAGGAAUUUCUUCCUGAGAUGUAUGUGUGGAAUUUAUAUGUUUGCAUUUGGAUCUCUUUACCUACAAAUCCCAGGGCUAUAUGGCGAGAAGGGGGUUCUACCUGCUCACACACAGCUUCCAAAUCUGAAGUAUCCAAAGCAAUGUUUUAUGGACAAAUUAACUUUUUUGUGCUUUUCAUCCUAUUUUGGCCUUAAUGUAUCAUAUAUGAUGGAGUUUAUUUCACUGGCAGGGACAGUCCUUAGUUUCAUUGGGAUGGUUUGGAAAUCAUGGUGUACAGCAACUCUCUUCCUGUUACUUUGGAGUUCAUAUCUGUCACUGUACCAGGUUGGACAGACUUUCUUGUGGUUUCAGUGGGAUAUUCUCCUUUUGGAAGUUGGGUUCCUUACCAUACUAGUGGCACCUGUAAGUCGUCGAGGAUGGUUUGAGUAUCGGCCUAGAAACUUAGUCACCAUGUGGCUUAUACGCUGGGUGCUCUUCAGACUCAUGUUUGCCUCAGGUGUCGUUAAACUUCAGAGUGGUUGUCCUACGUGGUGGGGACUAACAGCUCUGAAUGUUCAUUAUGAAUCUCAGUGCAUUCCAACCACACUGGCCUGGUACUUCCAUCAGUUGCCAGGUUGGUGGCACAAACUGUGUGUGGUUGCAACAUUUGUUAUUGAAAUACCAGUGCCAUUCAUGUUCUUCAGUCCUGUACGAUCACAUCGAAUAUUCAGUUGCUAUGCGCAAAUGCUGCUUCAAAUAAUGAUUAUCCUCACUGGAAACUACAACUUCUUCAACUUAGUGACUCUUACAUUGUGUCUUUCCCUCAUGGACGAUGUACACCUUGGAUACCAAUUUGUGAAAGACUUGUCGUUUGGAUUCAUCUCUUACGUGAAAAAUACAUGCAGCUGGUUUGGGAAAUGGGUCGGAUUUGGAAUCUUGAUUUACUACACCAUGGCUUACUUCUCUUUGCGUGUCACACCAGAAGGAACCAUUGAGUCUGUUGUUGCAUUCACACGAGAAGAAUUUGAUGCUUGGAUGUCAAGAGCCGUUCCCCUAAGUAUUGCCAUUGGUGCGUUCUCACUCGUAAUUACAAUAGCAGAAGCACUGACUUCAGCAUUGUUUGAAGUUCGGGGCUUUCUUGAUAAGUUUGGCGUUUUCAGCACCACUUUUAUUUAUUCAGUCGCAGCAAUCUGCAUGUUUGGGAUAAGUCUGGUUCCAUAUACUGUGCUGGACAGACCAACCAGUCAACGAGUGUGGCCAGUUUUCCAGCACUUGUAUGGCCAUACUUCUGACUUCCACCUAACAUCAGCUUAUGGAUUGUUCCGCCGAAUGACUGGUGUGGAAGGCAGGCCAGAAGUCAUACUUGAAGGUUCCAAUAGUUUAGAUGGUCCAUGGAUUGAAUAUGAAUUCCCUUACAAACCAGGACAUGUGGAGAGACCACCUCCUGUUGUUGCCCCUCAUCAGCCACGCAUUGACUGGCAGCUUUGGUUUGCUGCUCUGGGUACCUAUAACCAGAACCCUUGGCUGAUUUCCCUUGCUCACCGCCUCUUAUCUGGCCAGCCAGAAGUCAUUGCGUUACUGGACAUAUCAUCUCCAUGGAGAGAUAAUACACCAAAGUAUAUCAGAGCUUCUAAGUAUACAUACCAGUACACCAGUAUAAAAGAAGGGGCAUCUGGUAGUUGGUGGAAAAGAACUUAUGAAGGUGACUAUCUUCCAAUCUUCACGGUUGACCAUGCACCAUUAGUUGAGUACCUGAGGAAAAUUGGUACAAUUGGUACAAUGGACAUUCCAGCUACCAACCAGCCCUUGCAACAUGGACUAGAUGCGAUCCGAGGUUGGAUUAAUAUUGCUAGUCCUGAAGUACUCCUGUGGAGUUUGUUCAUAACUGCUUGUGUGAUUACAUGGACCAAAAGGGGAGUUAAACCCUCCAUGUCAUACCGGUCAGCCAAGCAUGCUGGAGGAAGGCUCUGAUGGUAGGUGGCAUUUAUUUGGGUUUUCUGAAGUAAGAGGUUGAAAGAGGGACAAAGAGCACUUUUUUUUUUCUUAGUCUUUAAAGUUCUUAGUCUUUUGUGAUAUUAUUUAUGUUUACUGAUAGAUUAUGAUUUUUUCUAUUCUUUUUGUAUAUACUGAACAGCUUCUGAGAAAUAUGAAUGAACAAUCAAAAAAAGGGAGAAAAAAAGAUUUAUUUUCUUUGAUGUCUGCUUUUUCUAGAUAAAUGAAAGCAUUUAUUCAUUUUUAUUUAGAACAGUUUUUUUUCCAAAAAUGAUGAAGUAGCCAAAUAAUGGAUUCUUGAGUAACUUACUGUAAAGAAUACUGGGAAGUUAUAUACAUUAUGAGGUAUAUUUUUGCAAGUUGUGAUUUAGAGGAUAACAGAGAAUUAACAGAAACACAAUGAAAAUGUUUCAAUGAGAGUGAUGUGUUGAGAUGAACAUAUAUUCAAAGUAGAGUACUUUUAGCAAAUGAUGUACAACAACUCUCAGUUUUAUAAACAAUAUUACAGAAGAAUUUUAUCAAUAAGAAUAAUUUGGAUAGUAUAUUGUUUAUUCAGAAAUGUGCUUGAUAAAAAAGUCAAGUUUUAUUCUAUUUGAUUCCAAAGAUUGAAAAGCUUUGAGAGGAGUGGUUACAAAUGAUGGUACUGUUAGGAAAUCCAUAGCACUGUGAUUGAUAUUUCACAAAGAAAAUCAUAUGAGAAAAUGUUUGUGGUACUUAAAUGUGUAAGAAUUUUAAACAGCUAAUGUAAAAUACCUGAAAUUUUAUCAGUGAUAGGGACUGUUGUGUAUGAAGGAUUUGUAUUAAGAUCGUCUGUCACUCUUUAUUGAUAAGACACUUUUAGCUACAGUCAUAUAGCUAUAAUGCAGACAAUGCAGUACUUGUUUUUCAUCUCACAGAAACCUAAUAUUAAACAGAGAUCAGGAGGGCAUGAGUGAUCCAUGUAAUCACUUCAUAAAUACGUGGUGUGGCUUUGUUACUGUGGCCUUUAGUGGGUCACCCUUGUACAUAUUCUGUCCAAGGUGUCGAAUUUGCAGUCAAGUAAAGAAGACAUUGCUAUGUUACACAAACUUUUUUUUUUCUUUUUUUCACAUACCUCAUACCUAGAUAUUAUAGCACUCUAAAAGAAAACAGUACAGGGAAGUUUAACAAACACAAUAUAGCCCUUAUUUUUUGCAUUCAGAAUAUCAUAUGUAAUGUUAAUUGUUAUAUUGUUUGCUAACAAUUUCUUUCUGUUUUUGCUUAUUGUGAAGCUUUGUACAAAUAUAGCUUUAUAGGUAAUAGUUUCAAUAAGUUUAUUAGCAUCAGAUCAUUUGUUUCCAGUACCUUCAUUUCAGUUUUCAUUACUUUAUAUUCAGCUGAAUGCCAGCUUUUUAUUUAAAUAAUAUUAAUUACCUUUAAGUGCAAUCCAGUCCCUGCUUAGAAUCAGACAAUGCUACUAACUGAUGUCUAAUUCAGAUUUUGUUCACCCUCAUAAUUUCUCUCGUGAGGAUUUAUGGCCUUUGGAGAGCUCUCUGUUAUGGGACAUUGUAGGGAAGAUAUAUUUAUAUAUCUGUAUUUAUUUGUUUGUUUUGUCUGAAUGAUAAAGCAAACUGUUUAAUUUGUUCUGGGCCUUGAUUAAGUACUAAGUGGCAAAAGCAUUCCCACUUUGAUGUAUGUCUGUUAAAAGUCAUGUAACCACAUCAAAGAAUCUCCAGCAUAUAAAUGAGAAGUCAUUUGUAAACUUGGUUUUCUUAUUACUUAUUAAAUAUCAAGGCUACUUAUAAUGACUCCUUCAGUGAAAAAUAAAGAGGGUUAAAUCCCAGAUGUGACCAUAGUAAAAUAAAUGGCCAGAGGUGUUUAUUUUACUUGAAAAUCAGCUUUUUAUUUAGUAUCAUUUUUGUGUUUUGCAUUAGCUAUAAAUAAGUACCACAUGAAGAUUGCUGAAAUAUUAGCUUGCAAGUGAAAUUUAUAUACUAUAGUUGUAUUUGAUUAUUUUCAUCAGCUUCAUAUGCAGGCACAGAUUGUAAAAGAUUAUUAUACAACAGUAUUUUGUUGCUAAAAAAUCUUACCACUGAAACUAUAGGGAGAUCGUUUUUUGUAAUCUAAAAGGUAAAAGGAAUUGCCCAGUAAAGCAGUUUGUAUUCUGCUCUAAAGAUGUUUUUAUAUAGACAUUAAUGCUAAGUCAUUUUGUAUCAUUGCAUUGUGGUUACAAAGUACCAUUCAUUGACAGUGAUGCAAAUUAUUCUUUUCUUUUGGAAACUCUAUAGAUAUGCUGUUAUUGAUAACACAUAGGAGAGUUUGAAGCAACUUUUCUUAGUCCAUAAAAAAUGAACAAUCAAAAUGACAUCAUAUGCAAAUUUCUGUACUAGUUGAAAUUGGCCAGAUUUUCUGCUUUUGCAUACUAAGACUUAGUUGCUAGUAUGAAUUAUAUUUUUAGGUCAUUCAGUCAAUGUAAUACUCGCACAUAAGUGACUUACCACUGAUUACAUAUUUUACUGAUAUGCAUAAAAUUAACUGCCAAUUAUACUGAUUUUUGUUAGCAUAGUUCAUUGCUUUUGGAACUUCUGUAAUAGGUUUAGGUGCAUUUAUAACAAACUGAAUGAUGAUUUGUGUUUUCCCAUUACCAGUACUAAUUUUUUCUUGGUGUUCAUUCUGGUGGAGUGUUAUUUAUGAUUUUUAAUAUACAGUUCUUUUAUAGAUGCCAUCAUGUUGAAGUGAGUUAAUAAUGGACAGUGCUUACAAGAAUUCAUUGUCAUAUAGUUUUUUUUAGUAUUAGAUGUCACAAUAGAAUUAAUAUAAUUUUGGUUGUAUAACCUUGUAUUAUUGAGUUUAUUAUUCUUGAUAUAGUCGUAAAUAAAGGGUUGGAGAAACUUAAAAGAAUAUCAUAAUAUUGGUUGAUGGCUGAUAUACUUUGUAUUUUUGCUGCAUUGUAUGAAAUGGAAAACUACUAAAUUAGUGACCACAUAACAGCAGCUAGGUUGUCAUAAAUCAGCCUGAAUGAAUUACCUCACAUAACUAUAGACAUACCAGCAUUUGAAUUUUUGUUCUGUGUAACAAAAGAGGGAAAACAUUGCUAGUUUCUAUACUGCCAGGCAGCUGAUUUUAAAAUAUUAAAGAGAUCAUUCAUUUCUAAAAGAUUUAAUGUAGUUUCUCCUAUCUGAGUAGUGGACUUACAAAAGUAUAGUAAUACUGGGAAAAAUAGUGAAUGUGUAAUAUAAUAAACAACAUUGGUAUGAGGAGGUUUUAAUAGAGUGUUAGGUAUCAUGGUCUGAAAAUUUUAGUAUAUUGACUAGAAUUUAUUAAAUGUUCAUAUGAGAGAAUCACAGUAAUUUGCAGUUUUGGAAGGUAAGAACCAAAAUAAACUAAAGAGAAUCCCAUAUAUACCCAUGAUGGUAAGGCCCUUAAAUAUCAUACUUUUAGAAUUUAGACAAAUAAGUAGAAUUUUAAAUUUGAAGAUGUAAUUCAGAAAAGUCCAAGAUAUUUGUGUGAUGAAAUAUGUUUUGUUUAAAUUUACAUUUUCACAGUGAAGAAGAGUAGGUGUCUCCCUUUAUAUGUGUUUUAGAUAAAAAGUAAUAAGAUUGAGAAAUUCAGUUAAAAUGUACAGAAAUUAAAUAUAUCAAGUAGGAGGUUAGCAUAUUGAUUUGAUAACAAACCUAUACAAUAAAACUGAAAUUGAUACUAAGUAGGAUUGAUCAUGAAAUAUGUAUUAAUAUAUGGAUUUUUUAGAGCUAUUUGAAUAACAGACAGUAUUAAAAAGGAUAAUAGAAAACAAUAUUGAUGAAUAUCUGACAAUAUCUUCCUCAUUUACAAUUGUUCUAUUCAUUUUGAGAAAGGAGGAUAUACUAUAUUUGUAGUUGGUUUUGUAACUGAUAGUAGUGAAUUAGUAAAUAGCAGUGCAUAUUGUGAAGUGAUGAAAAUACUGAUAAAUACUUAAAAUCAAAAACAAUUUUGUGUUGUGAUCAAAUUUAAGUUUAGAUGACAGCUUUUGGAUGUAAGAUUGAGUCUUUACUUGGGGUUAGCUUUGCAUGCCUGCCUUUGAAAAAUGUACUUGGAAUAUACUUCAUAUUUUAUCAUGGUUUGCUGUUUCAAAUUGCAUACUUGAAGAUAGCUCACUGUUUUGAAGAUGCUGUAGUGGUUGAUAUUGAAAUACAAAACUGCUAAUGCAGUUUUCCUAACAAGUAGAUUCUGCACUAUCUGAUCUCAUGGGUCAAUAGCUUGGCCUUUAGCACAGGAGUUAGUUUUUAUUAUACAAGAAAGUUUCUGUAGGUGAUUAGUCCAUUUUUGCUGUCAGAACUUAUAUACCAUCAGUAUUUAGCAUAUGAUGUUGUAGUGUUCACAUUUGAUAUUGAAGUGUAUGAUUCUGUGGAAAGUGCAGAUUUGUGGUAACUAGGAAAAAAAAAAAACAAGAUGAUUGUCUUCAUACUUUUUAUUUAGUGCAUUUAGAACAUAGAGCACUAGACGAGAAGAACUGUGCUUAGAGAAGUGACAACCCAAUUUUGUUUAGAAUAUGAGAUGAAUUUUAUGUUUUUGUGUAGCAAAGGUUUCCAUGUCUUCCUAAAGCUUAUGUAACUUGUGCUGCAGUGUUUUCCCUCUAAUGUUGCAUAGCAUAUUAUCAUCAUGCAUUUUUAUUGAUAGUUUUAUGCACUGGGUAAUUACUCACUUUGUUUUCCAGAAGGUUAUUUAAAAGUAAAAAUUAUUAUUUUCAGACAGUUUGUUGAUAUGAAGGUAGAUAUUCAAGAAAUAACUCUUUCCUUAUAUUUCUAUAUUGUUUUACUGUCUUUAUUUACGGUAAGAUAACAUUUUGGUGCUUAGUUGGAUGUGAUAACUUUUUUCUUUCAUUAUUUUUGUGUAUUAGACUGAUUAGGAGAGGCAUGUAUGUGUUAAACAAUAUAGUGUAAUUUUUAAUAGCUUUUUUAUGAAAAAAUUAUGUUCAGCCUCUUACAAGUUAAUGUUUAACAGCUCCCUUUGAGUUUCAUUAAAAAAAUAAUCUUAACAAAGAAAAAUGCCACUGGAUGGAAAGACGUUUAGGUCAGUACAUUUCUGUAUUUUUUUCUUUUUUAAUAAGAUUUCUCUCAUUUACAUAUAGUUUGCCACUGAAUCUAUCAGCUUAUUCAACCUUAUCGUUGAUAAAAGCACUGCAAGCUGCCAAUUUAUACAGAACAUUUAUGGUAAAAAAAUAAGUAUAAUACUAUUUAGUGUAAUACCCUGAUAAAAACAUAUCCAUUCUAUUUUAUUCAAUACAGAAGACCAAAAACCAAAAUGCCUAGAUAAGCUUUAAAAUUUUAUAGAUUUUUUACCUUGUAAGAUUCAUAUGCUACAGAACCAUAGACCAAAGAUAUAUUUUCAUACAAUGCCUCCCAUUAAAGGCUGGUAAUAAUAACUGAUUAACAUUUUCUUCCUCUUUCAUUAAAUGGAACACUAAAAGAUAAAUUUCAAAAAGUUGUUGAGAAAGGUGUAUUAACUAACAAGCAUCAAACCAUGAUUUAUUACAAGGUUAUUGUCACCGGUUUAUAUAUCUAUUCUUCUGCACAGCAAUUUAUUAAAAGUGUAGAUGCAGCCUCUCUACUAAACAACAUAUCAAUAGCUAUACAGCAAUUUUAAUUUCAAUUAUGAUAAUCGUCACCAGUUAUGAUAUUUUAAAAUUAUGCUCUUCCUUCCAUUGGUGUUUUCUCCAGAAUGUUAUUUCCUAUGCAUGGUGUACUGUGUUUACAUCAUUGUUUUACUGUUACUGAAAACAUCGAGCUAAUUUGAUAAUAUUUUGUUUGCUACAGUGUUAAGAAUAAUUUAUGUUUUGUUUUGGAGGAUUGAGUAAUAAUAAAAAAAUAAAAAAAAUACUGAUAUUUUAAUCCUGUAUUUCAUUAAAGUUUAGAAAUACAAAAUGGAUGUACUUCAUUAUUAGUGUUUGGCCAUCAAAUGGUGGCAGUGAAGAAUUGAUUUAGCUUUUCUUUGUGACUUAUUUAAUAUUUUCUUUCACAGCUUGUCAGCUUCAGUGGUUGAGGAAAGAUUUGUUGAAUCAUUAUGGUAUAUUGCUGGUUUGCUUAAUGAGAAUUGUAGAAAUGUUUUUUCAUUGUUUUAGAAUUAAUACAAACAUUUUAGAAGUUAAUAGCAUUUUUUUACUUUGUUGAUUCAGAUUUGCAAUUCUGCUACUUUGUAACUAAAAGUAUUUUCUGAGAGUACAAGAUAAAAAGAAUUGAUUAAUUGUUAGAUUCUGCUUUAUAAUGAGACUGACUUAGAUAUAAGUUUUCUUUUUUGCAGGAAGUUGUCUUUUUUCCUAAGCAACAGAAAAGAGAAAUCGUAAUAACCUGAUAGGUAUGCUUGAGUGUGUGCGGUGCUGCAUUUCAGUAUAUGGUAAUAAAACUUUAGAUAAAAAU